CAGGCACUGCAAGAUGGGCAGCGCCUCGCAGCGCGCCACGGUGGGCAUUGUGGCCGGCAGCGCGGUCGUUGCGUCCCUCACCUCGAACCUUGGGCAGGUGAAUGUGAUCAGCGGCGCGUCCCAAGUUGCAGUGUUUGUUGCUGCAGCGCCUGGGCUGACGGGUUUGUUCCUUUUGAAAGGCGGUGCAACAUGGCGUGCGUGCAUGCUGAUGAUGAUGGCCGCCGGCGUCAUGGUCUCAAUCGCAGGAGUUGCCUACACGGACAACUUCGUGGGAGAGCUUCAGGAUACCUGCCACUGGGCAACGCCUAGGGCUGUGGGUUGAGCUCUGCCCUUUUGCGAAAGGGA